GGGGGAGCCGUCCUCGUCGGCGGCGGCCGCCGCCGCCGUGCCCAAGCGCCGGGAUCCCACGCCGGAUCACCCACCGUAUUCAUGGGUAAUCACUCCUCCCCGGCCGAUUAAUCGCCUACCUAUUCCUCCCCGCUUAUUCGGUCGAUUCUCUCUCUCUCCACCGGAAGAACAGUUGGAUUUGCUCUUUAAUCUCCACCCACCCACCUGAAUCGAAUUAGGAAAUCACUAAUUGAGCAUCGCCAGCGACGGAUGCUCCUCAUUGAUUCGGAAAGAAAAAUUCGAGCAUCGUCUCCGAUGUGAGGAGAAAUCGCUUGCGCUCAAUCUGAUGAUCGAAGAGGCGAUCCAGGCGCUGGGCGAGGACGGCGGCUCGGCGGAGUCCGCCAUCUCGGGCUUCAUCCGCGACAGGUACCCCGGCGUCCCCGCCGCGCACGACAGGUUCCUCCGCUACUACCUCGCCAAGCACGUCGCCGAGGGCCUCUUCGUCUGCGCCGCGCCUGGGCGGUACUCUUGCUGCUCCGACGACGAGCCCCAGCCCGAGCUCGCACUCACCGAGGUCCUGGCGGCGGCGGCUGCGCCGGCCAAGGCUGGGCCUCCGCCGACAGAGCCCAAGCGCGCCCGCGGUCGGCCCAGGAAGGAUGACUCGCUGGUGGUGGUCAAGCGUGGUCGCGGUCGGCCUAGGAGGGAUGAUUGGCAGACCGCUGCGGUGGCGGUGAGUGCUGGGCCUCUGAUGACAGGGGCCAAGCGCGGGCCCGGUCCGCCUAAGAAGGAUGGCUCGCCGGCGGCAGGGGCCAAGCGCGGCCGCGGUCGGCCUCGGAAGGAUGGCUUGCCGGCCAAUCCGGCUUCUGGCAAGAAGUUUGUGAGCGGGUCGCCAUCCGCGAUGCCCAAACGCCGUGGCCGGUCUCGCCUUCUGACGGAGGUAGGGGCGGCCGACGUCCCGGGCGAAGCGCUCGUCACGGACAAGAAAGACAACAAUGAGGCUCCAUCCGCCACUGAUAAGAACCAUGGGGAACCUCGCGAGCUGGCACUUGUGAUCGUCAACGACGGCUCUGGUGCAGCAUUAGUCACGGAGGAAGAUGGCGGCGAGGCUCCAGCAGCCAAGCGGCCGCUCUUGGCCAAGGAACCUGCAGCAUUCAGUACGCCAGAGUGCAGCACCCAGCCCUGCAAACUGCCCCUUGUGGCAGCUGACGAAAACUCUGCUCCGGCCCUAGCCUCCGACAAGGAGGGUGACACCGAAGCUCCAUUUGUGAAGCACAAGCGCCGUCGUCGGACCUGCAGAUCAGAGCCGGCAAAAUCCACCUGCGGCUCUGCCUCAACAUCAAUUGCAGACAAGAAGGCUGGUGGCAACGUUGCAUCUGCUCCGCCCAAGGGCCGUGGCUGGUUGCGCAAACCGACAUUGAUGGAUGCCGCCGCGGAUGAAAUUACACCCAAUGAGGCUCGGUCAGCAUUGGUCAAGCCGCGCCGCAAACCUCGCAAACAAUUUCUGCUGAACUUUUAUGACGAGGUACCAAAUAAUCCGAAGUUUUGUGUCCUCGCAUUGCCUGCCCAGGUGCCAGGGGCAACAAAGGCGCCGUAGUUCUGAAGCAUGGCAGCUCAUGAAACAUCGUCACAUAGUUGAAAGAACACCUCUUCAGUUCCUAAAUGCAGUGCACAGGACGGUAGCUUUUGUGUUCUAUCCAUCAUCGGUAGUUUUAGGUUUUUCUUUAUGUUGUUGUUGAACUUCAGCAGUUUUAGGGGUUGUUUGAACUAGGUAGGGAUAUUUCUUUUCGGAGCUCCAGUUUAGUUCAAGUCUGAACAAAUACCACCAUCCGUCCAACGAGGCCCCGAGGGUUUGGCUUGAGACUGAAUUUGUAUGAAUCUCGUCAGCUCAUGCAAAAAGAGAAACAGAUGCAAUUGUUCUGGUUCUUUGA